AUGGACAAAAAGGAGAAGAAAGGAGGCAAAGACAAAGGCGACAAAAAAUCAAAAAAAGAGAAGAAGGAUGGCAAGGACAAGGACAAGAAGUCCAAAAAGGAGAAGAAGAGGAGAGACAAUGAUGAUCUAUCCGAUGAGUUCGAGGACCCCGCAGCGAAGCUGCCAGUGGAAGAAACGCAGGCCAGCAAGACGAAAGAUAAGGACAUGGAGGCAGAGCUGUUCGGAAACCUGGAGGACGAGGAGGAGAAUAAGACCGCCCCUUUGCCGGUGAAGCACGCCCCGCAAGAUGAUACAGAGGCCCUCAUGGAGCAAGUGGAGGAGCAAGUCGAACGAAACAAGCAGAAAGACUCCGGCAAAAAAGCGAAGAAGGAGAAGAAGCUGAAAAAAGAUAAAAAGGACAAACAUAAGAAGGACAAGAGCGCAAAAAAGGACAAGAAGCGGCAAGAAGCUGCUUUCAUUGACGUGCCCUCCAACGUGGUGGAGCACCCUGCGCCGGAGAUGCAGAUCCCCUCAGCGGUCGACAAGGCACCUCCUGAAGUGCCCACCACCAGUAGGCAAUACACGUUGAUACCCAGAAGGUCCCCGCAUAAACGUCAUCAUGUUGACAGUGCUGUGAUAACGUUUGACUACAACUUAUCCUGGUAG